CGCUCUCACUCGCGCCGCCGACCGCAACGUGAUCGCUGCUCGUGUGUAUGUGCAUCUGUUUCUGUUGUUUGAGUUUCUUGUUCCGAGUCCAAGUUGUAAGUUUUCAUCGUUUUCAUCCUCCUCCUCCCAGCCGCGAAGUUGCUGUUAGCCGUUACUUUUGUAAUCCUCCCUGAGGUCCUAUUCUGUUUUAAAAUUAUCAUCCUUGUGUGCCAUCUGCCAUCACUGCAUUUUGAACUUCUCUCUGUUACUUACAUUCAUCCGACAAAAAGUGGAGGUGCUGCAGCCUUGCUCAAGAUGGAGCCUGAAGCUGAAAUAGUAGUAAAAACUAGGAAACGGUUCCAUGAAAUGACAGAAAGGGGCAAACGUAAGCACCUUACAGCACUUGCUGAGAAACAAUCUCGGCAACUGAAGGCUGCGAGAAAUGUUUCUAAUAUUUUUGGUUCUAAUGAAUCGUGUGAGACACAUUACAACUACGAUGCAGAUAUUGAAGAGAACAGCUCUUUGAACGAGGAAGCGUCUCUUCAUGCAACAGAGAUCAGUUCUGAUAGGAGUGUUUCAGAUGUUGAUGCCGUCAGUAAUAUUGAUGAAAGCGAUUCAAAUUCUGAUUUUUUAUGUGCCAGCGAAGACUCGGAAGCAGAAAUAAUUAAUGAGGAAGCGUUCUACGACACAUUCGUUCACCACUCAGCCGAGGAAGCAUUUAGAAAUCUUGAACAGGACCGCUCUUUAAACAUUCUGCAACUGUUAAUACAAUGGGCUCUGUUGUAUAAAGUAAAAAUGAAUGCUCUUUCAGCUUUAUUGAAGCUCCUAAGGCAAUUUCCUAAUUUUUCUCACAUCCCAAACGAUGCUCGCACUCUGCUGAAAACUCCUGUUGCAGAGAAAGCGGAAGCAAUUGAUGACGGCCAGUACUAUCAUUUUGGUUUGAUGAAUAGUUUAACACCAGGCCUUAAACACAUACCACCCUCUAUGACCAAGCUGAAAUUGAUCCUUAAUUUUGAUGGAUUGCCUCUGUUUAAGAGCACUGAUAGCCAGUUUUGGCCAAUUUUAGUUUCAAUACUGGGGCUUGGUCAAGUAUUCAUGGCUGGUCUAUAUCAUGGAUACAGUAAACCUGCAGAUGCAGAGAAAUAUCUCUCAAAAUUUAUUGAAGAGCUGAAGGCGUUAAUUAAGUCAGGAGUCCUUCUCCCCGAUGGAAGGGUUCUGCCGGUUGAAGUUUUUUGUGUUUGCUGCGAUGCACCUGCAAAAUCUUUCAUUCUGGGAUGUAAAGGUCAUACUGGCUACUGGUCCUGCACUCGUUGUACACAGAAAGGCGAGUGGAUUGGUGGUAAAGUUGUUUUUCUCGAAACAAACGCCCCCCCACGAACCCAUGACGAUUUUUUAAAGAAAACUGACUCCAACUUUCACCACAAAGCAUCGAUUUUUGAAAGUGUUACUGGAAUAAAUAUGACUAGCUCUUUUUGCUUAGAUUUUAUGCAUGUGGUCCUAUUAGGAGUGCAACGAAAAAUGCUGAAGCUUUGGGUUCUUGGUACUGUUCCUUUUAAGCUUGGCUCCACUGCCGUCUUUCAAUGUUCCCAACAACUUUACGGCCUUAGAGCCUAUAUACCCUCUGAAUUUUGCCGCAAACCAAGACACCUGGAUUUGAUAAAGCGGUGGAAAGCGACAGAGCUCCGGCAGUUCUUACUUUACACAGGUCCAGUAGUUCUGAAAUCUGUGUUGGAAAAGAAGAAAUAUGAAAAUUUUCUUGUUUUGUCAGUGGCUAUGAGGAUUUUACUAUGCCCAACGUUGGUUUUACAAGAUGGAUUCAUCCAGUACGCCCGCCAAUUACUUUUAAACUUCGUUGAAGCUUUUAAAAUUUUGUACGGUACUCAAUUCAUCACGCACAAUUUCCACAACCUUAUUCACUUGGCAGACGAUGCUGAGCGGUUCGGACAUCUGAAUUUAGUGUCUGCAUUUAAAUUCGAGAACUUCCUGCAAGUUCUAAAGAAUAUGGUACGCAAACCCAGUGAUGAAUUAAUGCAAGUCAUCAGAAGGCUUGGUGAACGAUUUGCUUCAGAAUCUCAGAGACCAAUUGGUGACAUCUCAAAAUCGGACGAAAUACAACUCUCUGGUAAAGAAUGUGCUCAUGGUGUUCCUUACGAUGAUCUAUGCCAACCGCAUUAUUCUUCCAUUACAAUCAAAGGAUUCUUGGUUUCCACUAAAAAAUCAGAUGCAUGUGUUGGAACAUCUGAUGGCAAAAUUGUUGUUGUAGAGGGGGUCUCAUAUUCCCCGCGAAGGAAAGGUCUUGUCAUUGUCGGGCGAUAUUUCAUACAGCGGUCAGAAUUUUUUACCUCUCCUUGCUACAGCUCACUUGUGGGUAUUUACAAAGUAGGCAAGUUGUCUCCUGUUCGAUGCUGGCCUGUUACCACCAUCAAAAUGAAGUAUGUUCUCCUGCCUCUCCGCUCGGAAUUUGUUGCACUGCCUCUUCUCCACUCUGAUUAGCACCGAUAUUAUCUUAGCAAAUUGUAGUUCACAAAUCUUAUCUCACUUCAAAGGUAAGGUGAUCAACAAAUUUUGUCUUAAAUUCUAUUUUUGGAAGAGCAUAGCAUUACUUGGCAGGCUUUGGGUGAUCCUUGGUGUACUAAGAUGAGCGAUGAUCACCUAGGAUCAUUAAGUUUUUUUGGUUCCUAUAAACCACGGGCAAUAUAAAUUUUGGGGGAAAGGGUGAGAGUUAUGUAGCGAAUAGCGUUGUCGCUUUUCAAGGGUGGGAGGUCCUAACAUUUCGGAUUUCAGCGUAUGAAAAUGCAGGAACGGGAAACUUUCUGUACAUUAUGUCAUGCUAAUGGAUGGAAACUACUGUUCUAAAGCAUUAUGUGUUUCGCUCAAGUGGGAUUUUCCCGUGGGNGGGGGGGGGGGGGGGCCUAGAAAGAUGAGAGGUAACCCUGCUGAAUUCAUCCUCACUGAAAUGAAAGUAUCCCAAUAUCCUGCCCUUUGUGCUUCUG